UAUAAAGGACACUUGUUCUUUCCCUGGGGAGAUAAGAAGAUGGCUUCCCUUCAUACAAGCCAGAAGAUGCCGUGGGUCCCCACCAACUUACAGAAAGCUGCUGGGAAGGACAUGUCUAACAGGAAAGUCCUGGUGCUGGUUUUGAUGUUGCUGCUGUCUCAACUGGCCUGUGAUGCUCACAGCGUGUCUGAGUGCUGCAGACAACCACCUCGCAAUUGUCGCCUCCAUGUGUUGCUUUGUCGCUCUGGCAGCAAAAAUCUGGGGGGAACACUCACAGGAGACGCUGCUGCUGGCAUUCUCACCCUGGGUAAACGGAGAGAAGAUGAUCGCUUGCAGAGCCGACUCCACCAGCUCCUUCAAGGCUCCAGGAACCAAGCAGCAGGGAUCCUGACAAUGGGCAAGAGGACUGAAGAGAUGGGUAGAGAGCAGUACAUAGACUGGAUGACUCAGUCAAGAACCUUCACGACGCCACUGCCCGUUUUAAACUAAAUACCUCAUGGUAUAAACAAAAGACUCUGUUAAAAUCUAAGUGAAAAAAUAACACCUAUUUGGUUACCAUUAUUACACUAUCUGCUCAUGUAGAAAUAAUUUUGUGAUUUUGUUUUUCAUUGUGCCUUUAUGAAUGUGAUGCUCUGUGUACUGGCUUAUCAGAUGACAUUAGGACAAUGUGUAAUUUUGUAAAAAGCCUUGUGGUAUAAUAAAAAAUCUAAAGCUGA